AUGUCAGAAUUCGCCGAUAAAGACGGUGCCUAUAAGAGACAAGCCUCACAAUUUCGUGACUUCAUCUCGAGCAAGGUCGGUGCAAAAUUCCCACCAGAGGCCAAGCGUUAUCAUCUAUAUGUAUCUUAUGCCUGUCCUUGGGCUCACCGCACUCUUGUCACUAGGAUUCUCAAGGGUUUGGCCCCAUUAAUCUCUGUCUCUGUUGUCCAUUGGCACAUGGACGAUAAAGGUUGGAGAUUCCCUACUGAGGACGAAUUAAAACAAACAAGCGCAGGCGAUGAGUCUUUCGGAACGGUGGAUCAUUUGUAUGGUUUUGGCAGGAUCAAGGAACUUUACUACAAAGCAGCCCCAAAGUACAACGGAAGAUUCACUGUGCCCGUACUUUGGGAUAAGAAGUUGCAGACUAUUGUCAACAACGAAAGCAGCGAGAUUUUAAGAAUGUUGAACUCCGAGUUCAAUUCCAUCAUUGACUCCAAGAAUGCAGACGUUGAUCUCUACCCUGCAGAGUUGCGAAGUCAAAUUGACGAGCUCAACUCUUGGGUCUACGACAAUAUUAACAACGGUGUUUACAUGUCAGGAUUUGCGACCAAUCAGGAUGUGUACGAGAAGGAAGCCCGUAACUUGUUUGUUCACCUAGACAAGGUUGAGAGUAUCCUUAGAAGUAACCAGGAGAAGGACCCCAAAAACAAGUUCUUGAUUGCAAACCAAUUGACAGAAGCUGACGUGAGGUUAUUCACCACCAUAGUCAGAUUUGACCCUGUCUAUCACCAGCACUUCAAGUGUAACUGGAAGAUGAUAAGGCACGAUUAUCCUUACAUCCACGACUGGUUGAGAUUGUUGUACUGGAAAAUCCCAGGUUUCAAGGAAACCACGAAUUUCGAGCACAUCAAGAAACACUAUACCAAGUCUCACAUCGCUAUAAAUCCACAUGGUAUCACGCCCAUAGGCCCGGAGAAGAAUAUUUUGCCCUUAUGA